UUAAAAAAUAUACAUAUUAUUUUCCUCUAUGCAUUUAUAUAUAAUUGAAGCCCAUAUUGAAAUCCCAAUUCAAAGAAACUUUCCUAAGCCAAGCCUUUCUUCAUAUCAUCAAUUUACAGGCACAUCUUUUCCUUUAAGAGUGCAAAUCACAAGUCUUUUCCUAUAUGAACAUGGCUUUUUUAGGGGACACACAAGCAUAUCUUGGAAUGUUCAUCACAUGGCUCAUCUCCACUUUAAUAGUGAGGUAUUUUAUCAAAUCCCUCAUGAAAAAAGAUCAGGUUAAGCUUCCUCCUGGUCCUAUGGCCCUCCCAAUUAUAGGGCACCUCCAUCAUUUGGGCCCAAUCCCGCACCAAGCCUUCCACGUUCUAGCAAGGAAGUAUGGCCCGGUGAUGCAAGUUCGGCUCGGCUCCAUGCUCUCGAUCGUGGUCUCAUCAGCUGACAUGGCUCGGGAGUUCCUCAAGACCCACGAACGCGCUUUUACUUCAAGGCCUCAAUUAAAGGCGGUCAAGAGCCUGACAUAUGGCUCUGCUGGCUUCAUAUUUGCACCUUAUGGCCCUUACUUGAAAUAUAUGAAGAGAAUUUGCAUGAUGGAGCUUCUUGGGGGGAGGCAGCUAGAGCUAUUCCAAUCCAUAAGGCAACAAGAGAUAAAACAUUUAUUGGAAUAUUUGUUCAAGAAGUCUCAAGAGGGAAAGGAUGUGGAUAUGGGCAGUGAGCUUGCAAUAUUGACAAAUAACAUAAUUUGUAGUAUGACAAUGAGUACUAGUUGCCCAGGAGCCAAGGAUAAGGCUGAUGAAUGUAGGAGUUUGCUUAAGGAAGGUGCUGAGCUUGUAGGUACUUUCAACUUGGCUGACUUCAUUUCUUUUUGCAAGAACAUGGAUUUACAGGGCCUUGAGAAGAGAUUUAAGAAAGUUCAUGAGAGACUUGAUGACAUGAUGGAGAGAAUUUUGAAAGAGCAUGAAGAGAAGAAGAGUAAUGGGGGUGAACCCCAAGACAUGGUUGAUAUUCUCCUAAGGAUAUCUAAAGAUGAAGGGGCAGAGAUGAAGCUGACAAGGGAGAAUAUUAAAGCCUUUGUUUUGGACAUUUUCGGAGCUGGGACCGAUACAUCAGCCACAACAAUGGAGUGGGCACUGGCAGAGCUUGUAAACAACCCCAACAUAUUCGCGAUGGCGAGAGAUGAAAUAUUUUCAGUGGUUGGCAGACAGAGAGUGGUAGAAGAAUCAGACCUCCCUAAUCUCCCUUAUCUACAAGCAAUUGUGAAAGAAACCCUGCGCCUAUACCCCGUAGGGCCCUUAAUUCUAAGGGAAUCAACCCAAGAUUGCAAGGUAGGGGGCUAUGACAUACCAAAAGGAGCUCACAUUUUUGUAAAUGUCUGGGCUAUAGGGAGAGACCCCAACUCAUGGGAAGAUCCACUUAAAUUCAAACCUGAGAGGUUCAUUGUAGAGAGUGGAGGAUCUAAUGUGGAUGUCAAAGGACAGAAUUUCCAUUUUUUGCCUUUUGGGAGUGGGAGGAGGAUGUGCCCUGGCACUUCUUUGGCUCUAUUGGUGGUGCAAACUGCCCUAGCCUCAUUGAUCCAAUGCUUUGAUUUCAGGGUACAUAAUUCAAGCCAAGAUAUGGGUGGGAAUAAAGUUGACAUGGAGGAAGGGAGAGGAAUGACACUUCCUAGGGCACACCCAUUGAUUUGUAGUCCAGUGGCACAUUUUAAUCCCUUUGUGUAAGUAAGGACCAAAAUACUCAUUUUCAUGCAGGCCUAAAUAAUCCCUUUGUGUAAGGUCCA